UUCGACAAAAAUAUUCAAAUUCUGGUGGUUCCGGUGUUGUUGUGGUUCCUUAAAAAUGGAUGGCGGUGCAAAAACUGGAGACAAGGAUGUGGAGCAGGAUGUGAAGCAGGGUGUGGAGCACGAUGUGGAAAUCGUGUGCAACAUGCAAGGAACAAAGUCGUUAAAAAAGGUCAACCGACUUGGAAGUUCGGUGUGGGAUCUUUUUGAGAGGACCAAAGAUGGAAAUACAGCCAAAUGCCUCAUAUGUAAAAAGGUGUAUAAGACUAGUGGAAACACCAGCAACCUUGCUGAUCAUCUCAGGAGAUUCCACCCGACCCAAAAUCAACAUAAGCCAACACAAGCGACCGUCAAAAAAAUAUCAACAAAUUUUUUUUAAAGGAAUACCCCUAUUAUAUUGGUUUUACAUGAAUAUCCCUAAUGUUUAAAUUAAAACUAUCGAUGGGGCUACCAUCGAUGUUUUUGCAGCUCUA